AUAGAUCAAGAGAACGAUUACAAAAAUAUGGAUACUGCCGAAGCGUCACAGACGACUACAAACACGACCAAUGAGUUAGUAACUAUCGACAUCCUGUCAAAAAGUUACCAGUAUAAAGGAGUCACGUUACCAGCCAUACGUGUACCUGACAUCCUGGAAUCAUUGAAAGACUGGCAAACGAGACCCGAUGAUGUCUUGGUUGUUACCUAUCCAAAGUCAGGCACGCAUUGGAUUUGGGAGAUCGUUUCCCUCAUCAUGCAGGACGUCGACGUCGAGAAGAUUGAUCGCACACACCUACCUCACGGUCUCGAUGUAAUCAUGUCCCAUACCGUUGACGGUCUUGCGACGGUCGAACCGGGCUACCACGCGAUGUCAAAGUGGGAAUCACCCCGCGUCAUGGGCAGUCACAUUCUAGAAGAGUUUGUACCAGAACACAUCAAAAAGAAAACAAAGGUAUUGUUGCAACGUCGGUGA